ACCUGACAGGUUUUGUGUGAGUUAUUAGAUAGUCUCCCUAGACUACAGCUCUUUCUCAUAUUUCUGUUUACUGGGACAGUGAUAUCCCGUCCCCCACCUUUUUUUCCCCUGUGAGCAGGGCUCCCACUUUUCCAACCUUGAAGUGUUUUGCAAUUAAAUCAAGGAGAAGAUUUGUGGAUGUUGAAUAUGCACAGAGCUGAAGAGAGAGAGAGUGGAAGAGAGAUUUGUCCAGGUUGGGUGAACAAGCCUGCUCCAGAACAAGAUGUCUCUGAAAUUGAUUCACCAGAGACAGUAGGAAAGAGGCUCCAAGGGGAUGAAUCCCAGCAUUCUGCAUUCAAUGACAAAUAUGCAUGUGAGAGCAUGAAGGAGAACUCUCCUGGAGAUGUUCCUGGGCCAUGCUUUUUCCAGGAAGGAGGUUUUGGGGGAAUAACUUUCAUCCACAAGGAAGCACCUCCUGAAAUGAUUAGCCAAGAAUAUAAUUUUGAGAAAAGGUUGCUUUUGACCUCAAGCCUUGUUACGCAUCUCAGGGUUUCUACAGAAGAGAGUUUACAUCAGUGGGAGACAAGUGGCAUACACACCAAUGAGGUUUCAGACCAAAGUAAAUGCUCAACCCUCUCCACACGGAAAAAGUCUUGGCAAUGUAACGAAUGUGGAAAACAUUUUACUCAGAGCUCAUCCCUUACCCAACAUCAGAGAACUCAUACUGGAGAGAGACCUUAUGCAUGUGAGGAAUGUGGGAAAGCCUUUAGUCGUAGUUCAUUCCUUGUUCAGCAUCAAAGAAUUCACACUGGAACGAAACCAUACAGAUGUGAGCAGUGUGGGAAAACAUUUCGAUGUCGAUCAUUUCUUACUCAGCAUCAGAGAAUCCACACUGGAGAGAAACCUUAUAAAUGUAACGAAUGUGGGAAUUCCUUCUGCAAUCAUUCACAUCUCACCGAACAUCAGAGAAUUCACACUGGAGAGAAACCUUAUAAAUGUAAUAGGUGUGGAAAGGCAUUCAAUCAGAACACACACCUCAUUCAUCAUCAGAGAAUUCACACUGGUGAGAAACCUUAUUUAUGCAAUGAAUGUGGCACCUCUUUUCGCAAACACUCAAAUCUCACACAACAUCAGAGAAUUCACACAGGGGAGAAACCACACAAAUGUGAUGAAUGUGGAAAAACUUUCCAAACAAAGGCAAACCUCUCUCAGCAUCAAAGAAUUCAUACUGGAGAAAAACCCUAUAAAUGUAAGGAAUGUGGCAAAGCUUUUUGUCAAAGUCCAUCCCUUAUUAAACACCUGCGAAUUCAUACUGGAGAGAAACCUUAUAAAUGUAAAGAAUGUGGCAAAGCUUUUACUCAGAGUACACCACUCACUAAACAUCAGAGAAUUCAUACAGGGGAGAGACCCUACAAAUGCAGUGAAUGUGGUAAAGCCUUCAUUCAGAGCAUUUGCCUUAUUCGGCAUCAGAGAAGUCACACUGGAGAGAAACCCUAUAAGUGCAAUGAAUGUGGGAAGGGCUUCAAUCAGAAUACCUGCCUCACUCAGCAUAUGAGAAUUCAUACUGGAGAGAAACCCUAUAAAUGUCAAGAGUGUGGGAAAGCCUUUGCUCAUAGCUCUUCUCUUACUGAACAUCACAGAACUCACACUGGUGAGAAACUCUAUAAAUGUAGCGAGUGUGAGAAAACCUUCCGCAAGUAUGCACAUCUUAGUGAACAUUAUAGGAUUCACACUGGUGAGAAGCCUUAUGAAUGCAUUGAAUGUGGAAAAUUCUUCAGACAUAGUUCAGUCCUUUUCAGACAUCAGAAGCUUCACGGUAGUGAAUGAACCUGGCAUUAGGUUAUGGCAGUUUCUCAAGAAAUAGUGGUUAGGAAUCUGGCUGAGGAGAUGGGGGCAGGUAGAGUCCCUGGAGGGAAGGAGGAUGGAGCCUUGAAUGCUACAUCAGAAGAAUAUUUCCAGAGAUGUAUGUGGGGGCUUGGAGAAUGCAGAGCCUACUCCAGGUGGGCAUCUGGGAGUACAAGGUAGAAGGGAAAUUCCUGCUUUUCAGGUCACUGUGAUCUCCUUUCUCUAUUAUUGAAAAGAGGAUAAAAGUCAACGCACCACUUGUAGGUCCUUGUUCUGCACAGAGAACGUUUUCCUUUUUAAAUUUUUUUUUUCAGGCAGGAAGACCAACCCAAGUGACACAGUGUACAUGACCUGAGAAAGGUGUGGUGAGGCAGGGAGCCUGCUCAUCAGGGUUCACAUCUGGAGAAACUGAAGACGCAUUCUGAGCAAAGCAUAGGAGGGGGAGUCCUGCGGGAGAGGUGGAGAGGACGACGCAUGCAAAAGUACACACAGCUCUGUCCCAGAACAGUGUUACUCUAAGGA